AUCAAUUUUACAAGGAUAGCAUGGAUAAAUGGAAGGCAGCUCUCAAGGAAGCAGCAGAUUUGUCUGGAUGGACUUUCGAGGAGGGCCGCACGCACCAAGAAACUAUCUUCUUGAGAGUUGAGAUCUCAGAUCUACAAUACAAAAGCACUCCAGGAAGGCAGAUCAAUAGAAAGCCAACAUUCAACAGAUGCAGCAAAGCAAGCAGAAUAUGGCUUCUCUGACCAACGAAGCAGCAUCCAGUUCUUCAUCUUAUUCUCUCCCACUUUCUUCUACUGAUCACCAAAAUCGUUACAAAUACCAGGUCUUCCUGAGUUUCCGAGGCGAGGAUACACGCUACAAUUUUACGGAUCAUUUGUAUACUUCUCUGUGUGACAAGGGAAUUGAGACCUUCAGAGAUGAUAAGCUUAGCAGAGGAGAAGACAUAUCACAAGAGCUCCUCAAAGCAAUUGAGGAGUCCAGAGUUUCAAUCGUCGUCUUCUCUCAAAAUUAUGCUUCCUCAAGGUGGUGCUUAGAUGAACUGGUCAAGAUACUUGACUACAGAAAAUCCAAAGGACAGAAGUUUAGAGCUGUUUUCUACAAGGUGGCUCCUUCAGAUGUACGAUACCAAAAAGGUGCUUUCGGUGACGCAUUUGCAACACUUGAUCAAUUUUACAAGGAUAGCAUGGAUAAAUGGAAGGCAGCUCUCAAGGAAGCAGCAGAUUUGUCUGGAUGGACUUUCGAGGAGGGCCGGUACGAGACUGAAUUUAUCAAUGACAUUGUUGGGGAGUUGUCCACCCAAGUAGUAAACCCUUCAUGUGAGUGGCACGUUGCUGAAUAUCCAAUUGGAUUAGAAUCUUGUAUACGAGAUGUAGACAGUCUUUUAAAAGCCAAGGAAAAUAUUUUUCGCAUGGUGGGCAUAUGGGGGACUGGUGGAAUAGGAAAGACCACAAUUGUAAAAGCUGUGUUUAAUUCUAUUCGCCAUAAGUUUGAAGGUAACUGUUUCUUAGCAGAUGUUAGAUCAAAAAGCAUAACCCAAUUGCAAGAGACGCUUUUGUUUGAUAUUUUAGGGGAAAAUUUGAAGGUGCACAGUGUUGAUGAAGGAGUCGGUUUGAUAAAGACAAGGAUGCAACGUAAAAUAGUUCUCUUAAUCCUUGAUGACGUGAGUGAUUCUAGCCAAUUAAAGAACUUAGUUCCAUCCCCUGAUUGUUUUGGCCCGCGCAGCAGAGUUCUCAUAACAACAAGAGAUAAACGUUGGCUAAUUGCUCAUGAAGUUAAUGAAGUAUAUGAGGUUAAGAUGUUAGAUGAUCGUCAUGCUUUGGAGUUGUUUAGCUUGCAUGCAUUCAAAAGAAAUGAACCUCCAAGCGAUUAUCUGGAACUUGCACAACAUGUUAUACACUAUGCCCAAGGCCUUCCGUUAGCUUUGAUAGUCUUAGGCUCUCAUCUAUUUCGUAGAAGCACAGAGGAGUGGGAAGCUACAAUAGGUAGUUGUAAAGGAGGUCCUCAGGCAGAUAUACAUAGAGUUCUCAAACUAAGUUAUGAUGUUCUAGGACAAGAUUUAAAAGAACUAUUUCUUGAUAUUGCUUGCUUCUUUAAAGGUGAGUAUUCAGACCAUGUGAAACCAAUACUAGAAGCUUGCUACGACCACAAAACAAUGGUGAUUGGUAUUGCACAACUGCAAGAAAAAGCCUUGAUAAGAAUUGACAAAGAUGAUCAUAUUUGGAUGCAUGACUUGAUAGAAGAAAUGGGUAAAGACAUAGUGUAUCAGGAGUCACCUGAUGAACCCGGGAAACGCAGCAGAGUGUGGAGUGAAGAAGAUGUAGACUACGUUCUAACAAAUAAUACAGGUACAAAUAAAGUUAUAGGCAUUCAGUUCCCGUGGCUAUCAUCUACAAUAUCUUUGAAUGCUAAAAGCUUUUCAGAGAUGAAGAAUCUUAGAUAUAUUUCUAUGAGAAGUAUAUCCUUUUCUGGAGAUAUUGAUUAUCUCUCCAACCAGUUGAGGUGGCUCGAUUGGGAAGAAUGUCCGUUGCAGUGUUUUCCAUCUGAUUUUCAAGCAAACAAACUUGUGGAGCUCAACAUUACUAGCUGCAAAAUCAGACGACUAUGGGAGGGGCGUAAGAAUUUUUCAAGGCUAACAUGUAUGAAUUUAAGUGAAUGUGAAUCCCUAAAGGAACUCCCAGACUUGAGUGGAAUCCCUAACUUGAAAGAGUUGGAUUUAAGUCAUUGUACAUCCCUAAAGAAACUCCCAGACUUGAGUGGAAUCCCUAACUUGAAAAAGUUGGAUUUAAGUUGCUGUAAAUCCGUAAAGGAACUCCCAGACUUGAGUGGAAUCCCUAACUUGAAAGAGUUGGAUUUAAUUGGCUGUACAUCCCUAAAGGAACUCCCAGACUUGAGUGGAAUCCCUAACUUGGAAAUGUUGAAUUUAAGUUGCUGUGUAUCCCUAAAGGAACUCCUAGACUUGAGUGGAAUCCCUAACUUGGAAAUGUUGAAUUUAAGUUGCUGUGUAUCCCUAAAGGAACUCCCAGACUUGAGUGGAAUCCCUAACUUGAAAGAGUUGGAUUUAAGUGAAUGUGAAUCCCUAAAGGAACUCCCAGACUUGAGUGGAAUCCCUAACUUGAAAAAGUUAGAUUUAAGUGGCUGUAAAUCCCUAAAGGAAGUCCCAGACUUGAGUGGAAUCCCUAACUUGAAAGAGUUGGAUUUAAGUCAUUGUACAUCUCUAAAGGAACUCCCAGACUUGAGUGGAAUCCCUAACUUGAAAAAGUUGGAUUUAAGUCAUUGUACAUCCCUAAAGGAAUUCCCAGACUUGAGUGGAAUCCCUAACUUGAAAAAGUUGGAUUUAAGGUGCUGUAAAUCCCUAAAGGAACUCCCAGACUUGAGUGGAAUCCCUAACUUGAAAAAGUUGGAUUUAAGUCAUUGUACAUCCCUAAAGGAACUCCCAGACUUGAGUGGAAUCUCUAACUUGAAAAAAUUGGAUUUAAGGUGCUGUAAAUCCCUAAAGGAACUCCCAGACUUGAGUGGAAUCCCUAACUUGGAAAAGUUGAAUUUACAUGGCUGUUUAUCCCUAAAGGAACUCCCAGACUUAAGUGGAAUCCCUGACUUGAAAGAGUUGAAUUUAAGUGGAUGUGACUCCCUAAAGGAACUCCCAGACUUGAGCGGAAUCCCUAACUUAAAAGGGUUGAAUUUAAGUGGUUGUAGAUCCCUAAAGAAACUCCCAAACUUGAGUGGAAUCCCUAACUUGAAAGAGUUGAUACUAUAUGGAUGUACCGGCUUAGUUGAGGUUCCUGAUUCAAUUCGAUUCCUUCAUAACCUUGUUACCUUGAAUGUUGACCAUUGCUCUAACCUUAUUAUGUUUCCAAGAAAAAUCAACUUGAAAUCUGUAGAAACAAUCUCUAUUAGCUAUUGCAAGCUUGAAGAAUUUUCAGAAGUUGGGAAAGAGAUGGGUUUCUUGAGAGACUUGGAUCUAAGAGGCACUUGCAUUAAAGAAUUGCAUCCGUCUAUCACAAGGCUUAUUAGGCUGGGAGUGUUGAACCUUGGAAACUCAAAACUGGCUACAUUUCCAAAAAUUCUAGUAAAGAUGGAGUCCUUGAGAUGGCUCUCUCUUGAUGGCAGUGACAUAAGAGAAUUGGAUGAGUCAGUUGAAAAUCUCAUUGGGCUUGAACGGUUGGAUCUUAGUGAAUGCAAAAAUCUCACAACUCUGCCGUGCUGCAUUUAUGGGUUGCAAAAUUUAACGGACCUUUAUCUUUGUAACUGCUCAAAUCUCGCUAGAUUUCCAACAAAUACCAAAAGUUUGAAUGUUGAUGGUUGCUCACUAUCACUUCCCAAGUUACGGGCGCUAUAUAUGAGAGGAUGCAGUUUAUUAUCAGAUUGUGAUUUCCUGAUGACUCUUGAUUGCUGGGAAACAUUAGAGCGGCUUAAUCUGUCAAGAAACAAUUUUGUUAGUCUUCCUGCUUGCCUCACCAAAUUUUUCAACUUGAAGACCCUUGUCUUGAACGGUUGCAAGAGACUCCGAGGAAUUCCGGAGCUUCCACCAAACGUUGAUCUAUACAUAAGUGGUUGUGAAUCACUGGAGGAGAAAUUCUUGAAACGGACAAAUCGUGGAACUGUGAUAGAGGCGGCGUCGCCCAGUCCCCAUGUUCCCUGACCUGCAUAGCUCCCAUCACUCAACCACUUCCAUCGAUGAGAGUGGCAUGCCGAUGGUAGAUUGGCUUUCGUGGCUUUCGUCGGCGAAUGCAGAACAAAAGAGGCCUUGUGAUGGAGCCAACUUGGAUUAUGACCAUCAACCAGAGCAGCAGGAGCAACCAAUUCCUUCAAAACAACACUGCACUGAGGAGCAACCAUCAAUGCCUCCCUUCCCCGAUCACUUUGCAUCUUCAUCUGCAUCCACCUGUGAUAUGUGGUGGAGUCCCCUGGCUGAAAUUUUCCAGACUUCUAAUUGGCAAGCAAAUCUUGAUCCUCUUCCCAAUUCACAGUCGACUCUGGCGAAUCUGCAGUCUACCUCACCAUCAACUCCAGAGUUCCAACGAUAAUGCCAUGCACUACUUAGAUAUGUUCUUUCAGAGACUAGCUACUAUUUUCAGGACAAUAUUGGUGGUAAUCAGGUAGCUAGGCCAUCCAAAUUAAGUGGGGACUAUAGAUUUUCCACUCAGAAAGGUUAUAGACUCUGGCCAAUUUGGCUACAUGCUGAAUGUUGAUCCAACUCAAUUUGAGACGACUGCAAAUAAGCUAGAAGCAAAGAAGUUCUAGCCUAGCUUUGGCUAAGUAUCUUGCUUCAAGGUUAUGAUGCUAACCUUCUUGAAGAAGAAGGAAUUGGUUUUCAAUGUUUUUAAGGAUGGAAUUAAUACUCAGCACAUAUUCAGUAGCUACCACCAAUCUGGAUUACCAUUCACAAGGUCUAGUGGCAUCCAAUCAUAUGUGGCGGUUGAUGAGGGUUUUCAAUCAUAAGCAAGUGGCAUGAGUCUCUUUAGAGACUGCUGCAGGAUCAGGCUCUCUCCAACAAGUAUUUAUUUUCAGCAAAACUGAUCAAUGAGAGAGCGCAUUGGUGGCAGUCAGCUAGGCUCUGCAAAUCAAGUGGGAACUAUAAAAUUUCACUUGGAAUGGUUCCAGAUUCGGGCAAAAUAGGGUACAGGCUGAUCUGUCUGAAUUUGGGACGAGUGCAAAAAAACUAGAAGUAAAAGUAACAAGCAAACCUCGCCGGGGGGGGGGGGGGCAAGCAUCAAUCUGUAAGUUCAUAAAAAUGGCAUCAACAAGAGCAGCAGGAGCAUCCGAUUUUUCCGCAGCUCCCAUCACUCAACUACUACUCCACAGCUUCAACACCAAGAGGAACCAACUGACUUGUUAAGGCUUUCUCUGAACUCUUCAGAACCAACAAAACCUCGUGGCCCAGUUAAAGGUGAUCAAGACCAGUGGCUGUCUCUGCCAACACUGCCAUCCACUUCUGAACUCUGAACUCUGAACCAUCCACUUCAGAGUUUAGUCGAGACAGAGAGGUUUGGGUAUGAGCCUGUUUUGAGGUUGUCUUCAUCUGCUAUUUACUCAUCAAUCUGAGAAUAUUGGUGGUAAUCAGCUAGCUAGGACAUGCAAAUUAUGGUAGCUCAUCGAAUUUUGGCUAGUGUGAGUGUAGGAGGAUGGCUUUUUGUGUGGAAAAUUUCUGAAGGUCCAGAUGAAGGAGGUACACCACAAAUCACAGGAAAGAUUGUUAUUGCCAUUCAAAUAGUUGGUGAGGGGGAAGCUGUUCAUCCACGAGUUUGUUGGCACUAUCAUAUACAAGAUGUUCUGGUUGUUGGGGUUGGGAAGUGUGUUCUACAAAUUGAUACUACUAAAGUUGCAAAGGGUGAAGUCCCUUCUGCUGAGGUUCCUAUUAAGUGUCCUGUUGAAAAGCUCAUUGAUGGGUCCAAUUUGUUGGUAAACAUGAUGGAGAGGUGACAGAUUUAUCAAUGUGCCAAUGGAUGACCACCUGGCUGGUUUCUGCUUCUAUGGAUGGAACUGUCAAUCCACUGUACUACUGUGCAUACUGUUCACAAUCUGUUCAUAAGGCAGCCAGCGAAAUGACUGUCUUGCCCUUUUCUUUCCAUCAAUUACGGGCUGCCACUGUGAGUGCGGGGUUUGCUGUUGUUUUCGUGCUAUGCGUUAGAAGGGAUUGGCAUUAGCUUUUCCCAAUCUUCAAUCUGUCGAUAUCUAAUAUCUGUUUCUUUUAGCCGACAACAGCCUUACCCAUCAAGAUCAAUCACUCCGAAACUCCGAUUUUGGGAGAAAUCUGAGAAACGAAGAAGCACAAUCUGAUCCAGUGCUUGACAGUCAAUCUAUAAGUGGUAGGGGGGGCUCAAAUACCUGUGGGUCGAGAUGUUCUGUCAUUUCGCAACCUGAAAUGUAGGAGGGAAAUCUCCCCAUAGUGGCCGUAAUCUGGACGAUUUCCUUUAGAUUAAUAAUCCAUCAGACAUAUAUGUGUUGGGCUCAUUUCGAUAAGAUUAGACAACGUGGUUUUGGGACUGUUUACUAUGCCGAGCUGACAAGCGAGGAUGAUACUCAAAUUGUGACAGCUUCUGGUGAUCAAUCUCUUUGCUUUUGACCCUGCAACACUCAGAUGAAACUGCGUAAUUGUGCAGCUGACUCUUAACACCGGGUCACCCCCACAUUAGCUGUAGAAGAAUCAUCUCGAAGGACCUGACGUAGCUAUUUUUGUUGACACUUAACCAAUUUUAUAUAGCGAAACAGCUUUGCUUAGGAAAUCAAUUUUGUAACCAAAUUAAAAUACCAAAUUCUACUUGGUAUUUCCGCUUUUGUAAUAUAACUAUACAAUAUUCCGUAAACUAUGAAUCUGUAAAUUUGACAAGAAAAAAAAAACCCGUAGCUUUGCGCGGGCUUACAUUUCCUAGUUAAAAAUUAGCUGGAAGGAUUGAAUACCUUAAACUUAAAUAGCAAUAAAUUAAUAUCCAGUA